CACUAAUAGUGGAUGUACCUGUGACAUAUGUCUGAGGUCAAAAGAUGAUAGUAUGGAGGAAUAAUACGAAAUGUUCAUUUUAAAAAGCUUGAAAAUGACCUCUUCAAAAUUAGUCCAGUAUUUUAUUACAAAACAUCCUUCUGUACAAAAUCUGAUUAUUAGAGCAGUAUGUACAGUCUUUGUGGGAUACAUUGAUAUGAGAUUCAUCAGAUCUGAAUCAGUUGCUGAGGAAGAAUAAGUCUACGAAAAUCGUUCGAAAAUAAACUGAUCACCCUGUAUUAUUAAAUCAAUCUUUGAUUUUGGUUUUUGUUUUUGUUUUAUUUUUUCUCAGCAUCACCAAAUGAAUAUUUAUUUGUUACAAUAGAAAAAGAAAUUCCUUCAAUGUCAAUGGAAUUACAUGACUCAUCAAUAAGUGCACCAUGGCAUGCAAUUACAAAUUUAAAUUUAGUAGUUGAAAUUGAUUUUGAUUAUCAAGAUGAAAUUUACCGUACAGAAAAAUAUUCUAGUGUUAAUAUGAUUGAAAUGUAA